GGGACGCCCUGGGCAUGGGGAAGCCACAGGGAACCUGUCCACCCCUAAGCUCCCCAGAGCAGAGCUCCCCAUCUGUCUGGAGGGCCAUGCCCUAGAGCACUGCCUGGCACAGGGCUUCCUGGUGCCCUUCUGUCUGCUGACAGCCAGGCUGCUCGGUUGGUGUGGGUGGCUCACAGCAGCCGGGCUGGGCAGGGUGGGAGCAGCUAGGCCAGGCUGGGGCUGGGGCUCAGGCUGACUGGAGGUUUCCCUCUUGCUCUUCUUUUCAGGUAUCUGCUACACGAUAUUUGACCUGGGCUUCCGUUUUGAUGUGGCCUGGUUCUUAACGGAAACCUCCCCCUUCAUGUGGUCCAACCUGGGCAUCGGCCUGGCCAUCUCGCUGUCCGUGGUGGGCGCAGCCUGGGGGAUCUACAUCACGGGCUCCAGCAUCAUCGGCGGGGGAGUGAAGGCCCCCAGGAUUAAAACAAAGAACCUGGUCAGCAUCAUCUUCUGUGAGGCCGUGGCCAUCUACGGGAUCAUCAUGGCGAUUGUCAUCAGCAACAUGGCUGAGCCUUUCAGUGGCACCACCCCAGAGACCGUCGGUGCCAAGAACUACCAUGCAGGUUUCUCCAUGUUUGGGGCCGGCCUGACUGUGGGCCUCUCCAACCUGUUCUGCGGGGUGUGCGUGGGCAUUGUGGGCAGCGGGGCUGCGCUGGCUGACGCCCAGAACGCCAGCCUCUUCGUCAAGAUCCUGAUCGUGGAGAUCUUUGGCAGCGCCAUCGGGCUCUUUGGGGUCAUAGUCGCCAUCCUGCAGACAUCUAAAGUAAAAAUGGGGGACUGAGCCCCUGCCCGUUCCGGCCUGGCCCCCUGCGGGCGCGACUGUACAUAUUUAUUUAAUGUUUCUAUUUCCUGAUCGGGGGCGUCGCUUCGCCGCGUCGGGAGCAGGUGCCCAGGUGUAUAGAACCGUCCCUGCUGGCCCGCUGGCCCCAUCUGUGUGUGAAUUCGGCUCCCUCCUGUUGGCCCAGCCAGCCGGGGGUGGGGGUUACUGCCUGAGUGUUCCCGGUGUGUGUACAAAUCAAUCGACCAGUAUAAGUCAGUGUCACGUGAAAUAAACAUGGUUCCUGUCCCUGC